AUGGGGAGGACACAAAAGCGCUCUUCGCGGUUCCAUGCUCCUUGCGCGUCCGGAGCCACGAGCCACCAGCAACCCAUGGAAAGAGCCAUGGUGAAAAGAGCUUCGAGCCGCGGCCUCCGUAUCACCCAGACCGGUAGAAGAACAUCGCGCUGGGACUGCGAAAGCACUCCAGCACGUUCGCAGUUCCAGAGCGACGUGCUCGGAGCCAUGAGCCACAGCGAAGAAAGGUUGCGGAAUCCGUACGGCGAAAGCGCUCGUACAUCACUCACAUGCCCAAGCCACAAUCUCCAAGCCCCAUCCCGAGCCACGAGACGCAGCAGGCUCCCCGAGCCGAAGAACAAGAAGGCAGAGGAGCACAGACCGGCGCGCGCGCCGCGACCCGUCCUCGCACGGCUGCGUGCGCCAAUUUACCAUUCGCACAGAAAUCAUCCGGGGAGACAGAGACCGCUGAUUCACAUUCUCAGCAGUAAACCGACCAGGACGGCGGCAGAAAAGAGGGCGCGGAGGUAUCGUAUCUUCCGGCAGCAGAGGAACGCAGGCGGGUAUCAUUAUAUUAUAGCGGGCGGGAAACCCUGGGCAAUCCUGGGCCCGACAAUGCAGCACCUGCCACCUAGGCUGCACAUCUCCCGCGAACGGAAAUCGCCGUCAACGCGCAGGCAGACUGGGUCCUGGGUCCGACACGACGGGACGGGUUGGGCCGACGCGAAUCGAGUGGACACUUUGCGUGGGGGGUUGGACGACUCCCGGCCUGCCGCGAUGCCCAAGGACGGGUGCGUCGAGCGCCGGGUAGAUGGACAGUAUGCCGGGUGGAGCGCGCCAGACCGAGGCCUCUGGGUGGUAUCUGGCCUUCAGGCCGCGAAGGUCCCUGACGCGCCAGCCAGAGACGACGUUUCCUCGGCGCAGACGCACCGAUGCGCGUAUACUACCGACCAGCCAGACGCGAUUAAAUGUCACCAAGUAGAAUCCCUCGCCGCGCCCGUAGUCGCAAAGGAAGAUCGGGGGUACCGCCUCGGGAUAGAUACCAGGCACGAGAUCCCUCGGCCUGACACACCCGGAGCAGCCCCGUGUCUGGCCUUCACCGAGUAG